GUUCAGCGUGCCACAUUUUGCGACUGGCCAGCGCUUGGUGCGCACACACAUAGUAUUCAGCACAAAGUUUUUCUCUGACAUGCACCAAAUAUGAGCCGCUUUCUGAGUCUGUUAACGUUUUUCGCGCUGUGCGCAACUUUGGCUCGCAGCCAGGAUACGAGUGAGGCAACAACUGCUGCCUCGGAGGAGGUUGCGCGUGGCUUGGCCAGCAGCUAUGAGCCGGAGGAUAAGCAGACCUUGAAGAAGCACUCCCACAUCUAUAUGGGCAUCUACAAGAACUACAAGAGCACCUAUCUGGGCAACAAGACGACCAGCGAGUAUCGGAAGCGAUUGCGUGAACGGGUGAGUGCCGCUCAGUUGGCCAACAAUGAGGCAAUGGAGGAGCCUGUCACCGAGGCGACUGAGUACCAGUUGCAGCAGCAGAUGGCCAUCGAUGAUGCACUGGCGCAGGAGCUGCGCAAUGAGGCCAAUGCCGAGGCGCUGCUGGAGGCACAGACCGAUGCGCCCAUCUAUGAUGACAGCGAGACGGCGGCGGGCAAGAAGCGGCGCAAGCGCAAACGCAAGAAUCGCAACAAUAACAAGAAAUUGGAUGAACAGCUGCCCGAAGCAGAAACUGAAGCCAGCUUGAACGAGGGGCUGGAGUCCGCAGCUGACAAUAUGGAGCGCUACCAUGUGGGACCCGGCCUAAACGUCAGCCUGGACAUGAGCAACGACAUCGUGCGCGUUAAGCUGGAUGGCGAGAACCUAAAGGAGAUACUCGGCGCACGCUGGCUGACCACGGACAACAGCGAAGAAGGUCGCGGCAAGAAGUAUGACAUGAUCACCAAGGUGCUGCCGCUGUUCAUUCUACCAUUUCUCAUCCAAUCGGCGAUUGUGCCGUUUCUGGUUACCAAGCUGAAGCUGUUGCUGGUCAAGUCCAUAUUGGUUGGCAAGCUGGCUAUAUUCCUGCUCAUCAUAUCGGCCAUCAAGAACAGCAACAAAAUGAUGCAGUCGUACGAGGUGGCGCCCUCCUAUUGGGCCAGCGAGCCGAGCCGCAGAUCUGAGCUGGCGGCAGCUGCCUCAUCCGCAGCAGCCGCCUACAAUGGCUAUCGGGUGGAGGGCAAGCCCACUACCUGGGUCAACUAGAGCGGUACUGCGAGCAAGCGGGAGAGAGGAGUGAGAGAGAGUUUAGACAGCUAGUUGAUCAAACAAACA